GUGACGGAAAGUAAAACAGUUAGAUUCAACAUGGCCGACAGCGGGGAUGGUCCAAACACCACAUCCUCCGGAAAAGAAGGUAGAAAUACAGUCACUGAUGGCCCCGUAACUGAUCCUGCUGUCAGUUCUAAGAGCCUAGAGGCAUCAAAUAAUGCCUUUCACGGCCCGAGAACAAAAUUAGAAUCCAAGUCAGGAGCAUUGAAGAAAUCGAGCCGGUACAGAAGUCGCUCUUUAUCAGCAAGCAGCAAUGAUAGCUACAGUUCCGCAUCUUACACAGGAAGCUCAUCGGACGAGGACGAUGUAUCGCCGCGGGAAAAGAUACAAAAAACGGAUAAAGGCUUCAUGGAUUUUUGCGUCAGAAACAUAAAUCAGCAUGCCUUUGGACGAAGAGAAAUUGAAAUUGCUGAGCAAGAAAUGCCCGGAAUAAUGGCACUGCGAAAACGAGCUGCUGAUGAUAUGCCGCUGAAAAAGGCAAAGAUCGUCGGAUGCACUCACAUUAAUGCUCAGACGGCCGUUCUCAUCGAAACCCUCAUAGAGCUCGGUGCUCAAGUCAGAUGGGCAGCGUGUAAUAUUUAUUCGACUCAGAACGAAGUAGCUGCGGCGCUUGCACAUGCCGGUUAUCCGAUAUUCGCUUGGCGCGGUGAAACAGAGGAAGAUUUUUGGUGGUGUAUCGACAAAUGUGUCGCCGCUGAAAAUUGGCAACCGAACAUGAUUCUCGACGAUGGUGGCGAUGCGACGCACUUGAUGCUCAAAAAAUAUAACGCCAUGUUCAAAUUAAUUCAGGGAAUCGUCGAGGAAAGCGUAACCGGGGUACACAGACUGUACCAACUCUCGAAAGCCGGGAAGCUUUCUGUUCCUGCGAUGAAUGUCAAUGACAGCGUCACGAAAACGAAAUUCGAUAGUCUCUACAGUUGUCGCGAGAGUAUAAUAGACAGUUUGAAACGAUCAACCGACGUAAUGUUCGGUGGAAAACAAGUGGUUAUUUGCGGAUAUGGGGAAGUUGGAAAAGGGUGUUGUGAAGCUCUCAAAGGUUUGGGUUGUAUCGUUUAUAUCACGGAAAUCGAUCCAAUCUGCGCAUUACAGGCAAGCAUGGAUGGCUUCAAAGUAAUGAAGCUUAACGAAGUCAUUAGAAACGUUGAUAUCGUUAUAACGGCAACUGGUAAUAAAAAUGUGGUAACUCGAGAACAUAUGGACAAAAUGAAAAACGGAUGUGUCGUAUGCAACAUGGGUCAUAGUAACACCGAAAUAGAUAUCAAUAGCCUUCGAACGCCCGACUUGACGUGGGAAAAAGUACGGUCGCAGGUCGAUCAUGUAAUCUGGCCAGAUGGAAAGCGCAUUGUUUUGCUCGCGGAAGGUCGUUUGGUUAAUCUCUCGUGCUCCAGUAUUCCUUCGUUCGUUGUAUCGAUAACGGCUGCGACGCAGGCAUUAGCACUCAUCGAACUGUACAAUGCACCGCCUGGACGAUACAAAAGCGACGUUUAUUUGCUGCCCAAGAAAAUGGACGAAUACGUGGCAUCACUCCAUUUACCUACGUUCGAUGCACAUCUGACCGAACUCACGGACGAGCAGGCAAAGUACAUGGGCCUUAACAAGGCAGGACCGUUUAAGCCCAAUUAUUAUCGCUAUUAAGAUCCGAUCCAUGGACUGGAAAAAUACAUGUUGAACAAACGUGUGGGACAUUUGUGAAUUAUCGGAAAUUAACAAGUAUUAGUAGAGGAGCAAUUCAGUCCGAUGGCGUCGUCCCAUUUUACUUUUCUUCUCAUCUUCGAUUCACUGUUACGUAAAUCUCCUUUGAGAUUAUUAUUCUUGUGCUAUAUAUUCAUUCCCUUUUGUCGCGAACAUUUGUUUCUUCCAAUCGAAUCCUACCGAUGGAGCAUUUUUGUGUUCACCCUUAUUCAGCGCUUCACCAUUUCCGCUAACGGUCGUAUUUAUUCGCUUUGAAAAAUCCCCUAUUUUGUUCUUAUUUAUAAACUCCAUUUCUCGUAUUGGCAAAGGAUAAUGAUAUGACUUUGCAUUGAGUGUGAAAAGGAAACAGGAGGAAAUUGCAACACCGUUCCCACCGACCACGAUCGUGCAUCCGACAAACAUUAUGGAACAAAGUGAUCGGCAAAUAAAUGGUUAUGUGCGUGCUAGUCCAUCUUGAGCAUAAUUAGGAAACCCUCAACCAGUUAACAGAAAACAAACGAAUCAUGCCACGAGUAAAAGAUUGAGAAAAACUUCAGUUUUCUAUAGAUCUACUUUCAUAGUAUGUAAAUAAGACGAUGGAAAAUGUAGAGCGAAUUGAAAAAACAAUUCAGGAAUUUGACGCUUGAAAUUUUAAGGAAAAAAAUUAGUUUGUGAUUGCAUCGUUGAAACUUGACGGAACAUAGGUUUUUUCCCCCCAAGUUUUUUAAUUGUUCAUUUUUUUGCAUUAUUAAUCUUUGGGCCCCAAAAGAAAUCUGACCAAAUUUUAUCAUCUAUGAAACUGCGUGAGAACGUUGGGCCCUGCUAAAUAACAAAAAUUCCCUAAUAAAUCAACGAUGCAAGUUUUAAGGUCUUGUAAAUGAAAAUAAUAUUGCUGAUUAUAGAACUCCAACGAGAGAACGGUCAUUGGGAUUUUCAUCCUGAGCAAAAGUUUGUUACGAAUUUGUAAAAAAAAACAAAACACCAAAAAACCAAAACAUGAUACUUUCAAAGAUUUUUUGAAAUGUUCAAAGCUGAUAGAUCCAUUUUUUUAAAAAUGCAGCGUUGUAAAGGUCGAUAAUAGUGAUUCAAUUCAAAUUAUUUGUAUAUCCGUAUUUGUUUCUGUACAUAUGAUGAAACGUGAAGAAAAUAUUGGUUAAUAGCUCUCUGAGAGAUUCACUUCAAAAGAAAACCAAGAGUUGGAUUUUACUCGAAGUUUUAAUCAGCCAAAACACAUUCGUGUGUUACUUUUAAUUUUAUUAAUUCAAAUCUUUCAAACGUUCUGAAGGUGUCUUAAUCUCUUAAUAUUGUUGAUCGCUUUGUACAUUCGAACUUGGAAAAGAAAGCAAGAGACAAACGACGCAUAAACUAAAGAUUUUAAAAGUGUACGACUGAGAGGAAAACAUUUGGUUUGUUCCUAGCCGCUGAACGGCCUAAAACUCGACGAUGGAUAAAAAUGUAAACGGUGAAUAGAAAGUUGGAAACUCAAGAAGGAAAUAAGGGAUUGAAAUAAGUGGGCUCGAUCGCGAAUUAAGUAUGUAAAAUAAUUCUAGGCGAGAUCCGUUCAUUUUUGCCUACGAAAAAGUAUUAUACCGUUAAAGAAGUAGCGUUCUCCCCUACCGUCGAGGAAAUAGAAACAACGCGUGCUUCGCAUGUAAAAUAAGCAAAAGAAAAAGCAACGCGUUUCCAAACUCCUAAAUGAACAAGAGCGAGGAUUUCGCAAGUAAUAAAAUACGUCGAAAGAACAAAUUUUAUGCCAAUUUUACGCAACACGCGUAGUUUUUUAGGGGAUGCAAGGACGUUUACAUACAUUCAUAUGUAGUUAUGUAUAUGAGAUAUAAAUUGUAACAUAGCCGAUGUAUGAAUAAACCAUAUUAAUAACAAAA